UUGUACGUGAAAGGUGGAAUGAUUGCAGAAAGCGGACGUUGCACAAAACAUGUUUUCUUAAAUCUAAAUCUGAUAUUAAGUUUUUCGGGAUUAAAAAACUAUCGGUUUGGUGAAGAAGUGAAUUAAUUGUUAUUUGAAGUGGAGUAAACCGAUUGAAUUGCAAUUUUUCGUAUUUACUGUGAAGUUUCACUUCGCUGUGAUUUAAAAAAUAGUUAAAAAAAUUUUGUAAUUUUAACAUUGAACGACAAGUAAACAAAAUGUUUACGGAAGGUAUUUUCCCAAUUGGUGAUGGCCUCUUGGACAUCAAUGAGGAUCGGCUAAAAGAGCUGCUGGUUGCGGACGAUAUUAAUGAAAUAUACGAAUUGGAACAAACACCAUUUGCCAGAGGCAAAUUCGCUGCUGUGCGUCGCGCUAUACAUAAAAAUUCCGGUACACAUUUUGCUGCCAAAUUUCUGAAACGACGCCGACGCGCUCAAUCCUCAGAUAAGGAGAUCAAACACGAGAUCGCUGUGCUAAUGCUAUGCGAUGGCGCCGACAAUAUUGUCAAAUUGAAUGCCGUGCACGAGUCACGCUCCGACACAGCGUUGCUGCUGGAACUGGCAACCGGUGGUGAGCUACAGACAUUUCUAGACAAUGAGGAAUGCCUCAGUGAGGCACAUGCGCGCUAUUGCAUGCGCGAGGUACUUAAGGCAUUGCAAUAUCUGCACAAACGUUCCAUAGCACAUCUGGACUUGAAGCCGCAGAAUAUAUUGCUCACUGGUGAGCGCAUUGAAGACGGUUUGAAGCUGUGCGAUUUUGGCAUCUCACGCGUGGUUGCCGAGGGCACCAAUGUGCGUGAGAUUGUCGGCACACCGGAUUAUGUUGCACCCGAGGUGCUGCAAUACGAACCGCUCUCAUUAUUGACGGACAUUUGGUCGGUGGGCGUGCUGGCCUAUGUGCUACUGUCCGGUUUUUCGCCUUUCGGCGGCGAAACCAAACAGGAAACGUUCCUCAACAUUUCGCAGUGUGCGCUGACAUUUCCGGACAAGCUGUUUGGCGGAGUGUCCGCUGCGGCCAUUGAUUUUAUACGUCGCGCAUUGCGAAUAAAGCCAAAUGAUCGCAUGACCGCUGCAGGAUGUCUCGAGCACAUUUGGUUAAAAGACGAAUGCUCCAUCGAUAGACAAAUCCUCACCGAUAUCACCAAAUCAACGACAGUCGACUCAGCCGCAGCUGCAGACGAUGAGGAUGAUGAUGAUGAAGAAGAUGUAGAUGUAGAUGAAGAUGAAGACGACGACGAGGUGGAAGAAGAGGACGAUGAGGUAGAAGCGAAUGAAGCUGAAUUGGAAAACGAAAUGUCACAUGAUGACGGCGAUGAGGACGAGCUCAAUAUUAGUAUUGACACAGAACAACAAUUGAAUGGUACAAAUGGCAGCAAAAUGGAAUCAUCGGAUGCCGAAGAAUUGGCGGAGGAGAGCGCAACCAACAAACAGCCGGUUAUCACCAACGGCAAGACAGCGUACAAUAAGAGCAACAGCAACGGUUACAGCAACUAUAAUGGACGCAGCGCCAGCAACAGUAGUUACAGCAACAAUACUGCACGUCAUAACGGCGCACACACUACGUAUACGAAUGGCGCUGGCAGCGCUGCGCGUUACACGAACGGCGUUAAAGCGAGCGCAACAACAACAACAACAGCGACAACACAGCGCACAACCGCCGUGGUGACGGUGCCGGCUGUGCGUGCCACCACCAUACCGCUACAAUACAACGGUGGCUAUCGCCAGCAACAACAACAACAGCAGCAACUGCAAAGGCAACAACAAUUGCAGGUGCUUGCGCGCCGCCAUUCAUCCUCAGACUCCAACAAGGAGAACACCUAUCUGGCAACAAAGAAAAUAGCGCCAUCAACGGCCAACGUUGGCAGCGUUGUGAAGAAGCCACUGACGGCUACAGCGACCACGACCAUUGUGAUUGCUGGCAGCGAAAUGGGUGAUACGACGACGGCAACGGGUGUUGCCACUGCUAAUGUGGUUGCCACAUUUACGCUACCCAGCGGCUACAAUCACAAUCACAGUAAUCACAGCAACAACAGCAGCAUGCAUACUAACAGUAGCAAUCACAGCAACAACAAUGCGAAUCACGAAAAGUAUAUAACAACAACAACGCACUGCCUCUUCCCCGACGCACCCACAACACCGAAAGUUAUACGCAAAACCCCAAACACCGAAGCCUCACCGACCUCGGUCAAGGCAUUGGUGAAGAAGUUUCAAUUAGAAGGCGGCAACACCAGCCCCACAGCCUUUGAAAAGCACGCCACAACACAUUUGAAAGAGGCACAAGCAACAAAUCAGCAAACAUUACAUGCAACAACAACAACAACAACACAAAUGAACGGCGUUAGCGCUGGCAGCAACAGCAACAGCAGCAGCAAGAAGUCGCCAAUCACUAACGGUAUUGCCAAGAAAUUCGAUACAACACGCAAGUAUGGCGGCGAACAACACAAUGGCACAGCUGGCAGUGGCAGCCUCAGCAACGGGCGACGCGCCUCCGAGCCAGCGACGGUCACACAAGUCACGACGCAUAUAGCACACAAUCGCAGCGGCAGCGGUGGCAUCGGCAUUGGCAGCGCCGCCGCUACCAGCUAUAAAACGACUUGCGUACUCUGCAUCGGUGGUGGCGGCAGCAAGGCGGCGUCGUCGUCGAAUGGCACCAGCAGCAAUGGUUGCAGGCACUCAACGGACGCCGCCGGCAGGUACAACAAAACGUCAAGCAUUAGCAACAAUAAUGGCACAGCGGCCACCAAGUGUUGUAGCAGCAAAAUGGCCAACAGCAAUGCUAAUGCCACCAACACUGCCACCGUGACCGCCACCGCCAUUGUGAAUGGCAGCAGCAAUGGCAGCACUGCAGCCACCACCACAACGGCACUACUGCUGGGCAGCAGUCAUCAUCAGCAACAGCAACAGCAGCAGCUCCACCAGCAUCACAUGAACGGCGUGCACCAUCAUGCACAUCACCAUCAUCACCAUCACCACCAUCACAUGCAUGUGGCGACGAAGGCGGCCACCGCCAACAAUUUAAGCUUAGAUCAGGGUAUUAUUUGUUAGCUAAAGGCCAAUCGGGCGCGUAGAAAUGCCAGAAAUUUCUUUAAUCGAUUUCUUUGCUGCAUGUAGUAUUGCGUUGAUGCUUUGUAAGCGGUCUGUGGCCCCUAAUCAGCAAUCAGCUGUUUGCCUCUGAAAACCGCUUACAAGCAGGCAACAUGCAGUUGCGGUCGGUGUGGGUGUUGCAAGCGGCGUGUGGCGGUGCGCAAUGUCUGUUUUUGCUCUUUGUUACUCUUAAUAUUAAAGCUGCUGGUUAAAGUGAAUCUUAAAAGUGAUCAAAAUAUGUAUACAUAUAUAUAUAUAUCAAGUAACUUUUAUAUGUAUACAUAUGUCUUAUGAAUUGUUGUGAAUUAUGCGCACACACACACAUACACACACCGCUGCUGCUUAUGCCUUUUGCCUCAUUGCGCAAUACGCGCAUGCGCAUAACUGUUCAAUUUAGUUUAGUGUUACAACUUUACAGCUAAUUAAUUUUUAAACUAAAUAAAAGCGCUAGCUGCGUAGUAAGGCGCGCUAGUAGCCGAAAAUUGCUAAGUUUAUAUUGAAUUAGUUCAAUGGUGGUUGGCAUGCUAGCAUUGCACAAGACUUUCUCUGUAUGUUGCCGUAUAAUUAUGUCAAAACAAAUUUAAUAUUAGGUAAAAUGAAAUUAAAGCUUAAAUGUUGUAAAAUUAUUCUAUUUUUUUUUUUAAAUUUUUUAUACGCUUUUUUUUAGUAUUUUUAGAAAUUUUCUAGUUAUAUUAGGCCAGUGCAGAAGCCUUUGAAAAUGCCUUUGAGCGUUUAAAAAGCGAAAAAAAAUCAAUUGUAGUUUGAAUUCCAUUGUAAAAGUCAGAUAAAAUAACAAAAAUGAAAACAAAAAAAAAAAAAAUUAUGGACAAUAUGGGCUCAUAAGGUUAAGGUCCCGGAUGGUUUUUUAAGUUUCAAAAACGGAUUUCCUCCAUUUUUCAGCAAAACUACGUAUGCUAUAGAAAAAAGUUGUAUGUAAUGGAAAGAUCUACAGCUUUUGCAUGUUAAACUUUUCUCCAUAACCUCAAAUUUUAUGUAAAACAUACAAAUAAUGAAAUCGAGUCACCUUAAAAUAUAAUAUAAGAGUCUUAAAGAAAAAUUAUUAUAUGGCAAAGUUGUAGCUAAAGCAAAGAUUUACAACUUUUGUAUGCAAACUUUUUUCGCAUAACCUCAAAAUUUAAUUUUUAAGUUUCAAAAAUGGAUUUGCUCCAUUUUUCGGCAAAACUAGGAAUGCUAUAGUAAAAAGUUGUAUGGCAAAGUUGUACGUAAUCAAAAUAUCUACAACCUUUGAAUGUAAACCUUUUUCGCAUAACCUCAAAAUUUUUGUGAAAAUUGCAAAUAGCGAAAUCUGUUCACUUUAAAAUAUAACUACGAGCCUUAGGGAAAGGUUUUUAUAUGGCAAAGUUGUAGCUUUUGUACGUACAACUUUUUCUCAUAACCUCAAAAUUUUUUCGAAAAAGUUCAAUUAACGAAAUCUGGUCACCAUAAUAAUGUAUUUAACUACGAGUUUUAGAGUAAAACUAUUAUAUGGCAAAGUUGUAGCUAAAGCAAAGAUCUACAACUUUUGUAUGUACAAUUUUUCUCCAUAACCUCAAAAUUUACAUAUGUGAAAAUUGCAAAUAAUAAAAUUUAGCCAUCUUAAAAUGUAGAAAUCAUAAGUGAGGAUAAUGUGUGCACUUUUCAUAAUAGAGUGUGCGCUGUUUUCAUUAAGUGAAGAAACAAAAUUAAAUUAAAAUAAUAUUUAAAAAAAAUUUUUUCUGGCAAAAAAAGUUUCUUUACAAAAUUUGGUGACCCAAACAAUCUGUAAAUUUUUGUAUUUGAAAUAUAUAUUUUUUUCAACUUUUUUUUGGACUUAAUAACAGAAAAGUCGCCAAUUUUAAAUCGAAAAUUGUGUUGUUGUUGUAGCGUGCCGACGGUACUUGACCGAAUAAAAACUCCGCGACCGUUCCGGUUACGUAGACCUCACUGUCGUUGUAACGGAAAUUCGAAAAUUUUCACUACAUUUGCUCUGCCCGUCGUGAGAUCGCCUGUAAUAAUUAUUUUAUUUGCUUUGAUUUUUGUUAUUUUAUCUGACUUUUCCAAUGGCUUUCAUGCUAUCAUGUUUUUUUCUUGUCUAUUUGCAUUUUUUUUUUUUAAAUCCGUACUACUUAAUUCCGAAAAUUUAAUUUGCUCCCAAAGUCGGCAAACCUUCGUCGCUGAAAAAACUUAAUUCAAACCUCCUCACACAACAUCCAGCUAAUUCGCUUAAAUAAUUUAUUUAGUUUAUUUACUCGCUUAUAUUUACAGUUUUUACAAUUACAAGUAUUUAGCGCUAAGUUGGUUUAUUUUUGUGAAACCUUUUAUUUUUUAUAUGAAACCAUAUUGAAAUGCCUACAUUUAAUUUGCUAGAAUAAAAAAUUAUGCGUUGCCCCGAAAUGAAGAAAUCUAGAAAUCGAAAGGGAAAUUGAGGGUAUAUACAUACAUAUGUAACAUUUAGUAAUGCCUCAACUUACUAGUUUUUUAUAUAAAUAAAUAAAAUUUAGUUGAAAUGGCAUCAUAGACUAAACCAUUUCGCGCUGUCGCUGCCGCCGCCGCCGCUGCUGCUGCUGAUCUUAAAUAAGUCUUAGUGAAUUAGUUAAUAUAAAAGUGUAUAGUUAUAUUGGCUGUUAGGGCUUCAAAUUGUUGGUGUCGCCGCCGUUGGCUGUCGUAUGUUUUCUACACUGCAAAAAAUUGCGUUCUACUCGUUUAACUCUAUUAUGUAUCUUUUUAUUUUUUGCAUUAUUCGUUUGCUUUGUACCAUUUAAGUUUCUCACUUGCUUACGUUUCUUUUUUAUAUAUUUAAAUAUUUAAUGCUAUAUCUUUAAUAUAUAUAAUUUUUCUUUCUGUGUAGUUAAAGGAAAUCGUUAAAUUUGCAACUAAGAAAAUUUAAUAUGAAUUGCUAUACAUACAUACAAACAUACACGCAUACAUACAUGCAUACAUAUUAUAUGCCUACCUUUAUUUUUAGUUGAACCAAGCGGCAUUCUUUAAAUAAAUAAAUAAAUAUUUACGUACGUGAAACGCAUAAUCAUCGUUAUGCCGUUCGUAGACAAACUAGUUACUAAUUAAUUGCGUUAUGAUAAUUGAUAAUAUAACUGAAAUUUAAUUUAAAUGAAUAAUAAUGAUAAUAAUGCUGUGUGGUUACUUUUUGUCAAACACAAAACUUAAACGAAUAAAAUAAAUCCAUUAUAUUUGGUAAUACAUUAUAUAAA